AUGGACCAAACUCAAACCGCUCAAGAGGAUUUCGACAUCUGGGAAUUCGUAACCUGUUCUAAAUGUCAGCUACCUUUCUCUCAGGAUGGUGUCUCCGGUCCAAGUGUACCUUUCUGGAUUACGGAAUGCGGACAUGUCCUAUGCAAUAGCCAUCUGAAUCCGGACAAGAGCUGUCCGUCCUGUAACGCGCAAAAUAUAGAGCUUAUGGCGUUGCAGAAGGAGAUGCCACCUCCUUUUUCUGACUGGUUCUGUUCUCUGCCUUACAAACUGGAUGCGCUCGCUCAGGCCGCUAAGUUUCAACAUGAGCGAAUGGCAAGCGCUGCACGCUAUUAUAAGACACGUUAUGAGCAAUAUCGGUCGACGUUCAGCCGCCUGAAAAACGAAAUCGCUCAGGUGAAGGCACUUAAAAAAGAAAACGUGGCCCUGAAGAGCGAAAUUACUCGUUUACGAGGCGGGUCGACUGAUCAUCAGCAACAGGACAUGCAACGCCAACAGGAACCAGCCCCAUUUGUUAACGUAAACGGAAAACGUCGUAUUCUGGAUAAUCAGGUUUAUACCUCAAGUCCCCGGUCAAUUCAUACCCCCGCCGGACCUUCGCGUAUCACACUUCCUCCGGACCAUGACCUUCCACCUCCUUUAGCCCAGCUUGGUGCUUUGGGCACGUCAAAUUCGGUUGACGGUUCGCGACAACGGUCAUCAAAUCCGCUGCAACCACCAGGAUCAAGUCACUUUUCUCAGCAAUAUGCAUAUAAUGCACCUCAAAGUCAGCACAUGCAGAUGCCUUCCCAACAAGUGCUUUCAUAUGAGCAACAGGCGCCGACUCGCCAGCGAGUGCGGCAGAACGACGGACAACUUAUGCUCCCUCCACCGACGCCAUCUCAGGGUCGACAAGCCAACGGCUUACUUCAGUCUCGUCAGACGCAGCGACUGGCGACAACUCGUCUCGCUGAACAAAUGCACAUUGGCCAAUACACCCAUCAAAUACAACAGUCGCAGACUUCAGGACCUGAAAAUGCACAAAGUUCUGGAACUGGCCAACAGCGAUCAACCGGACAAGACUCACGACGAUUCGUUCCGCCUACUGCAACCAACUCAUUCACAACGGCGAGCCGGUCAAGUCUGCAUCUUGUCCCACAGACGCCAAAUGGGGCGAGGCAUCGUUUUGUUCCCAUGACUCCGUCUACAAGCAGUGGAGGACGAUUUGUGUCGGCUGGCUUAUCCGGUUCCAGAGUUGCCCAGAACACUGCUCAAGGGAACGGACAAACCCAGCGGACUUCGUUCAUUCCCAGAUAGGUGAUUGAUUGAUGCGAAGGCCGCUUUACGGAUACCUAGGGAUAUUGGGUUCGUGUGCCAUAUGUGAAUUCUCAAGGGUGGUCAUUUUCAACACCGCUUCGAUAUGAAUCGGCGUCUUCGCUAUUCUAACAUGCAUAAGCAUUGUACUAUGCUAGGCUCCCUCCCC